AUGGUCAAAAAGGGUCGUAAGCGUCAAUCGGCGACCACUCCAACUAACGCCGCCACCGCCGGUCGGUUUAGUAGUGGCGGUGACCAAUCGUCUGAUACUAUUAUCGACGACCCGAUACUAAGUCGUUACUGGUUUUCGCCAAAAGACAAACAAUUUGUGUGUCAACUGUGUUCCUAUCGGACGGCCAAUCGGGUGUACGUCCGCCAGCAUAUGGUCUGCCAUUCGGAUGUGCGGCCAUUUCGAUGUCAAUACCAUGGCUGCCGAUUGGCUUACAAACGCAAACAGGAGCUCAAACGGCACAUCCAGAUAAAUCAUUUAUGUUUGCGGCCGUAUCGGUGUUCAGUAAUCGGAUGUACGAAAUCGUUUACACAGUUACAGUCGCUAAAGGAUCACCACUAUAGCCAACACACCGAUGUCCGCUAUCGGUGCCUAUUGACCGGUUGCCGGCAGCGGACGUUCAAUUGUCGCAAAAAUUUACGAUCACAUCAACGCCGUCGUCAUUUCGAUGACACCAAAUCUGGUGGUCAAAUGUUUUCCCAAUGGAUUAAUAGUCUGAACGGCAAUUGCCAAGUGGUUGAUGACAAGGAUGACGACAAUUUGUCAUCGAUUAUGACUGGAUUGGCCACCAGUGAUGACCGACCCAACGCCGCUGUAUCGCUGCUCAAACGGAAACGAUGUUUUCGCUCACUGUUGGCCAACAACAAUAUAAAUAGUGGUAACUUCGGCGACAGUGGCAACAACUCUAACGGACAAUUGGCCAGUAAGACACACAAACGGUUGCGCAAUGCUAGCGGCAGAUCAAUAUCGGUGGCCAAUAUCGACGCCGACACCACUAAAGAUCAGGUAUUUGUAUGCAAUUUUACCGACUGUUCGUUCAGUACUAUAGAUUUUGCUGGUAUUUCACAACACUUUACCCAACACUGGGAUGUGUUGUUACCGUUACUGUUGUUUGAUUAUCGGGACGAUAAUGUGGUCAACAAUUUGAAUAACUAA